AUGAGACCACAAAGUCCACGAAAAAGAAAAGAGGAUUUGGAAAGGGAAAGAGCAACUCUUCGCCGUACUCGACCAACAACAACUCGACGAUCAAUGCGCGAAUCAAUUCGAUCUGGUUAUGCUUUCUCUCAUUCACAAGGAUUUGGAGAUCUCAUUGUUAAAGGAAAACUCUUCAAAAAUGUUGAAAAUAUGCGCUCAAAAUCACCUCGUCCUGCUGCAACUACAUCGUCUGGUGUUGCUUCAACGGUUGAUCGAGAAAUCAUUCAUCACGAUCCAAUGCUUUCACCGAUCGAAGAGGUGCAAACUCCUCGCCCGGAUGAUCAUCAACAAAUUCAAAUUCCGAUGAUGACCGCUGUGCCCAUCAAAGAGACCACUUUCCCUGUAACGAAGAGAAGAGAAAGUAUUCCUUUUGUGCCUCCAAUUCCUCCAGGACAUCACAGUCUUUUGGUGAACACGGACACGAUUCACGCUGGAUCUUCAUAUCCGGGAAUGGUAUCAGCUCGUGAUGAACCCUCCCCACAACAAGGGAUUCGAAUAUCAGGCGAUGGCCGACCAAUGACCACCUCCAAUCAACAAUCACUACCUCGGAAACCGCAAACCGGUGCUGGGAAGAGAAAAGAAACACAGGAUGACAUCAUCGUCGAACGAUUC